AUGAAUAAAAAAACAAAUUUAGGGAAACGGGAGUUAGAAGAUAUCAUGAACAACCUGUCAGAUUUAUCCGAUCUUGACUCAGAUGAUGAUGCCUAUUACCAAACAGCCCCUGUAACCAGCCCGGCAGAUUACCAGAAUGAGUCUCAAGAUGUUAUUGUUGAAAGGCGUCUUGAAGAGUUGUUUGGUGUAUCUGAUAACUUGGAAGAAACUAUUGAAAGCCAAGAAAUAUAUUCAGUAGAAGCACUCACAGAUAUUUUAGAAAUAAAUAGUCCUAGACCUAUUGGUAGUGUGGGUGAGACAACAGGAUAA